AGCCAAUUGGCGCCCUCGAGACAAGAGGCUCGGUCGCGUGAGGGCAUUUACAGGAAAAGUAGACCAAGUUCGUGUUGAUUGAACGAGCCUAGCGCACGAAUGACACAGCUGAGUUGGCGACGCUGACAUUACGCAUUCAAAUAAAACAGGCAUGAGAGCGCUGGAUUUGCAAACAAACAUGGCCUGUUCCAUGAGCGGGCGUAGCUUGUCCUCCAACUACGUUCCGCCCUGCCUGGAGAACAAGCUCCUGACGCAAGCAUUCUCCUCAUUGCCAAGCACCUCCCUGCAGCCCUCCGGCCUGACCUCUACUUCCUCUAGCCUCCUUCUCACCUCCUCAUCCUCUAUCUCUUCACCGCUCCUCAGCACCCAAAACCCCCUUCUGAACUCUUCCUGUCUUGUCUCUAUCGCUCCAUCCACCACCAACCCUCUCCUCGCCACCUCCUUAGCCGGCAGCGAUCUCCUCUCUCAGUUUUCCCAGCUGCCUUCUUUCCUUUCAUGGGAAGGACACCAGAAAAGGGAUGAUGUAGGCAGAGAGGACAUAUCAGAAGCACAGCCUUGCUCUUUUGAGGAAACGAGCGUGGUGUAUUCCGAUGAAGAUGACCAAAUGUUGCUCGAGGAUGAAGAAGAAAGUGAGGAGGAAAUGGUUGCACCGAAAGUCAUAGAGAUGCACGUACCGGAACAGCAAAAAAAGGAACAAACAGUGGCCUGCAGACGGGAGGAAUACGCAGAGGUCGUCCGCAACAAACAGCAGAUUGAAGAGGAGAUCAAGGAUAAGAAGUAUCUCCUGCUGAAUGCUGUGUGCUGCUCCCUGGUCCGCAAGAGCGCUACCCCGGGUCAGAAGGACUGGGACUCCCAGGAGAGUGUGUGGACCAAAAUCACUAGUCUGGUGAAGGACAUUGCCGUAUUCGAUCCUCAGUUUGUUCUCAAGGUGGCGCUGUAUACAAGGCAAGAGUUGAACAUCCGCAUCACUGCCAACUUCCUUUUGGCCCUAGCUGCCAAUCACCCGUCUACCAAGUGCCACGUGCGCCGCUACUUCUGCGCCACUGUCCAGCUGCCAUCCGACUGGCUGGAAAUUGUGCGCAUCUACAGCACGUGCUUCAGCCGCUCGCUACCAAUGUGCUUGAAAAAGGCCAUGGCGGACAAGUUCAAGCAGUUUAGUGAGUAUCAGCUGGCCAAGUACAACACGCGCAAGCACCGCUGUAAGCACAACCGCAACAGGCUCGCAAGCAAGAAACCAAGCGAUGAAGAUCUGAAAAAGUGGGGCAACUUGCUCCGAUCCGACGCGACAAUCCUGAAGAAAUAUCUGCAAGUGGACGCCAAAAAGACUGUGGACAAAAAGCAAAAUGAAUUCAACAUGAAGAAAAUGAUCAAGAAGCUCCACAUUAAAGAACCUGCCGAGCAUGUCAUGGCCAUCCUGGGCAGAAAGUAUCCUGCAGAUCAGAAGGCGUUCACUUUCAGCGGUCUGAAGGGGGACUGGGAACGAGAAAGGGCGGGUCAAAGGAUGAAGCUCAAGGAUGCAGAGACGUGGGAGCGUCUGCUCAGUCAGGAAGGCAACAAGGCCGCCACCUGGGAGAAACUUAUUGACAAUAAGUCGCUGCCCUUCAUGGCCAUGUUGAGGAACCUGAGAAACAUGAUCAGGCAGGGCAUCAGUAUGACACAUCACCAGAAGAUCCUCAGCAGACUCGCCAAUAAAAAAGCAGUCCUUCAGAGCCGACAGUUCCCUUUCCGCUUCCUGUCUGCCUAUAAAGUCAUCAUGGAGCUUCGCAGUCUGUCGUUGCCGCAAACGUCCUCCAACACCGAGAUCCUGAAGAGCAUCCUCAAAAAGGUCCCUAAGAGCAAACGUUUCAGCCGCCUGGACUGGGAGACGGCCGGCAGAAAGCGUCUGCGAGUGGCGCUCGGCGUGCCCUUUGUCUACCGCAUUUACCGCAUGAAGAAGGAUCAGCUCGCAAAGGCCAACCUGGGGGAGAAAGUUGUCAGCCUGCUGGACCGUUACCGGAAAGCCCUGGAGACGGCAGUGCAGAUCUCGUGUCGCUACAACAUCCCACCCCUGCCGGGAUGCACAAUCAUCUUGAUCAACAUCAACAUGGACGAAAGACGGCCCUGGGGCAAAAACCUUGACUUCUGCCUUCCACCUGAGUCGGAGCACGAGGAUGAAGAAGAAGAAGAAGAAGAAGAGGAAGAGGAUGAUGACAGGAAGAAGAAGAAGAAAAAGAAUAAAGAGGACAAGCUCUCCCCUUUGAUGCUGGAGGUUACCGUUCUGCUUUCACUGAUGAUCGCCAACAGUUGUGAGGAUGCCCGCAUCUUAUUAGUGGAUUAUUGUCAUUACGAAGAGGCGCAGCUGAAGUCUGACAUUCUUUUGGAUAACGUGCGAAGUGUGAUGCAGCAAAUCAAGGCAAUGAAAAACAAGUCUGGGGACGACCAGCUCCUAUUGAGCGUUUACAUCCACCGGAUCCUCCAGAAAAACAAGGUGGAAAACAUCAUUACGCUGACUGAGAGUUACAUUCAAAAUGAUCUGGAGUGGGCUAUCAAGAGCUACAGGAAGGAAACCGGCAACAAAUGCCUCUACAUUCAACUCGCCAUGUCGGAUAGCGUGUCCCACAACAAAUCCUCUGACAGGAACCAAGUCUUUCUGCAGGGCUUCAGCGAACAAAUUCUGAGGUUUGUGGCUGAGCGAGGCUCAUCCAGGCUGCUGGACCACGUGGAGCAUCUGGACAAAGUGUACAAUGUCCCACCAGCGGCAGAAGCAAAAGAUCCUGACACCAAUAUGAGCCUGGUGUCCAUUCCAAGCUCCCCGAAGUCGAGGUGGCGCAGCAUGCGCGUCUUUAUCUCGUCCACCUUUCGCGACAUGCACGCGGAGCGCGACGUCCUGGUGCGCAGCGUCUUCCCAGAACUUCGCCGCCGUGCUGCGCCACACUGCAUCCACCUACAAGAGGUGGAGCUGCGCUGGGGCGUGACGGAGGAGGAGUCGGGACGAGCCGCCACGCUGUGCCUGGCGGAAGUGGAUCGCAGUCAUAUGAUGGUGGCAAUUCUGGGUCAGAGGUAUGGCCUUGUGCCGGACCCACCUGCUCUACCGGAUCUGCCGCAGUACGAAUGGCUCAGAUUGGAAUCCGAAGGCCUGUCAGUCACAGACAUGGAGAUCCGUCACUUUCAGGAACUCUAUGGCGAUGCAGCAAGACAGCGGAUGUUGUGCUACUUCCGAAAUCCGGACGUCAUCAAAACAGUACCUGUGGCUUGGAAGUCCCACUUUGCUGCUGAAUCAAAGGAGGCAGAGUCCAAAAUGGCGCGUCUGAAGCGAUGGAUCCAUGUCAAAAAACUGAAGGUCACCGACAAUUAUCAGUGUGAGUGGGGGGGUGUCGUGGAGGGCAAACCUUGCUUGAAGAACCUGGAGGAAUUUUCCAAAGCAGUGCUCGAGGACCUUUGGGAGACUGUUAAGCAGUUUGUGAACGAGGACAAAGAGGCCGACGCAGCAUCCGAAAUUUUAGAGCAAGAAGUUCACCAGGAAGCGCUGCAGAAGCAGUUCCUCAGCCGGGCCAAGCUGCUGUCGGCCGCUGUGGAGAUGGUGGAGCAGGCGCAGGUCAAUGGAGGGGCCAUGGUGGUGGAGGGAGCGCCAGGGCAGGGCAAGACUGUCUUCAUGGCUGCUCUAGCCGAGGCCCUCAGAAGCGGCUCCAAGUCCAGGAAAAACCUGGCCUGUGAUGUUAUCUCCUACUCAACAGCCGCCAGCCAAUCCUCUUGCUCUGUGGUGAACCUCCUGCGAUGUCUCGUCCGCUGCUUGAGGCAGCUGACAGAGGAGGAAGUGCCUCUUCCCAUCUCCUACAAGGAUUUGCUGUCAGAGUUUCAUGCAACUUUGAAGGACUUGAAAAGGAGCAAGCCUCUUGUGCUGCUGGUGGACGGGGUGGAUCUUGUGCGUGAUGACUGGGAUCAGCUCAGCUCUGGUUGGAUACCACAGCAGCUUGCACAGGGCGUUUGUUUGGUGACAAGUGUCGCGUCCACCUCGCCGUUGUUGCAAACACUUUCCAAAAAGAAGUCCACUCUGCUCUUCACCCUGCCGCUGCUUACCAUGAUGGAGCGAAAGGAAAUUGUUCAGAAGGAACUGGAAGGCUUCGGGAAGAAACUCAGUGACGCCGCCUUCAACAACCAGCUGCAGACGCUGAUCAUGAAGAAAGGUGCAGAGUGUCCUCUCUACCUGCACAUGGCCUGUGAAGACCUGAGGAACUUUGCUACCUUUGACAAGCUGAACGAGAGCCUGCAGGCUUUUCCUCAGUCUGUCCAUCUGCUGGUCCAGUACUGCCUCAAGAGACUCUGCUCGGACCACAGAGGCAUGCUGGGACUCCACUGGGCUCUCGGGGCCCUCACUGUCAGCACCGCUGGCCUGAGGGAGCGUGACUUGUACUCGCUAUUGAACACUUGCAGCGCCCUGUGCUCACUCAAAGGACAAGUCACAUUGCAGGAGGUGCUGCUGCUGUGCAGGAGCCCCAAAGAACGCAUUCCCAUGGUGGCCUUUACACGCAUUGUGCAUAGCUUGCGAAGUCUGGUUAAUCCAACUCAGCGCCACGAUGCGGAUGACAGAUUAGCUAUGUCCAACCCGGAAGUGAGGCGGGCCUUUGAAGGCGUCCUCCUGCCAUCUGAAGACCACAGAAGAAGAGCUCACCUCGUGUUGGCGGGUCACCUAUGGAUGCUUGCCGACGCUCAUGGUACCGAUACUUUUCUUCACGGAGAGGUGGACGCUGUCCAGCAGCUCAGUACUAGUCUGAUACAAAGUGAUGAGCUGGAGGCACUGCGUUUGCUACUCUCCAGCUACAACUUCCUAUAUGCUAAUGUGCGUAACAAUCUGCUGCAUCACCUGCUGGACACCUACAAUGAACACGAUAAGAAGUCAUCCCUGUUGACCAGCAACCAGCGGGCUGCCAUGGACGACUGCCGAGCUUUCCUGCAGCGCCACGCCGCCGUGCUCUCCCGCUGGCCGGCGCUCUUCGUCCAACAGGCCCUCAACGAACCACCCGAGGCCCCCGCUCACGCCUGGGCCCAAGGCCUGCUGGGUAGUGGGAGCGCACGGGCAGUUGAGUGGCUCAACAAUGACCAUCAAACCUUUACAGAAAACAGCCAGGUAGUGUCCACCUUCUUGUCUGAGCCUACCUGCUUGGCAGUGGACCCUGACGGAGAGAUGGUGGUCGGGACUGGGCAGGGAACUUUGCAUUUCAUCAAUGCAAACACAGGACAGGAAGUGAAGUCGUUGGUCAGCAGCUGCGACGGCAUCUCCAGCUGCGUCGUCCUCAAGAAUGGAUGCAUAGCCACGACCUCCUUUGACGGCCAAAUUGAGAUCUGGGAUGCCGCCAAAGGGUGCCGGACGUCCCUCAUUAAGGGCCACGCUAACGUGAUAACGUCCAGCGACAUCACCACCGAUAGGAAGCACCUGGCUACAGCAUCGCUGGAUUUCACGCUGAAAGUGUGGUCUUCGGCCAAAGGUCACGAGGUGGCAGUUCUGGCCAGCGACAGCCCUCUGAACUGCGUCACCUUUGACCACGAGGAUCGCCUGCUGGCUGCCGGCCGCUGGGACGGGAAGAUCGUGGUGUGGAAGUGGCUCCAAGAUAACACCCAAGUGUGGUUGUGCGGUCACAGCCGCUCAGUGCGCAGCCUCUCCUUCUCGCCAUCGUCGUCGUCCAUGUUGUGCUCGGGCUCUGUGUCCGGGGAAGUGCGUGUGUGGUCUGUGGAGACCUCCACCUGCGUGGGAUGCUUCCAGGCACAUGCCGGUGCCGCUGACACUCUCGCCUUUCUAGACCAGGGCCGAUUGCUGCUGACCGCAGGCUCUGAUCACAUGCUCCAGCUGUGGUCAGGUGGACUUGGGCGCUGUGUCGGUACUAUAAAGCAUCAACGGGGCGAGCAGGAGCCUCCUCACAAGAAGAGCAAGUCCGACACCUCAACGGAGACCCGUGUGCUCUGUGCCGCUGUCAACGGGGACUAUGUCGCCGUGGGUUACAGUGGCGACGGCUUCAAGCUCUUCCGCCUCAGCUCGGGUGAGAUGAUUUGGGAUUCUGGCCUUUUCCAACUGAGUGUAUUGUCCCUGCUGUGGGUUUGUGCGGAUCCCUCAUCCACCGACACAUGGCCACUGCUUAUAUCCGCGGGGCACGACAAGCGGGUGCGGCUGUGGCAGAGGGAACUUGGGGAGGAUGGAGAGUUGGCGGACAUGCAGAUGACGGGCAUGUUCGGCAUGCAGUCUGGCAUUAUCCGCGCCAUGGCGCACAACGGCACUUACUUGGCCACCGCUUCGGAUGACUGCACUAUAUUCCUGUGGCAGCUGAGCGAGUGCAAUUCAGAGCCCCUUGCUGGCCUGCUCAAAGGCCACAGCGGUGGGGUCACCUGUCUGGCGUUCAGUCCCGAUGGUGGACAGCUGCUCUCCGGUGGAAGAGACAAAGCUCUGGUGGUGUGGGACAUGAGCGUGAUCCAAUCUCCUGUAUUCAAAGUGCUCCCGGCCUUCCACAGAGAUUGGAUCACUGGUUGUGUUUGGACUCCAGACUGUGUUAUAAGUUCAUCAAAUGAUGGCAGACUUUGCUUAUGGGACGUGGAGGCCGCUCAAAGCCUGCGAGAGAUCACCUGGACGAGUCCUCUCACGUCCGUCUCCUGCCUGGGCCCGUACGUAACGGCCGGAUGCGCUGAAGGCAACUUGCACGUGUGGAAGUGGGAGACCAGCGUCAACAUCUGCCACAUUCCCGCCCACGAAGGAAUGAUCCACGCCUGCUUUGUCGUCACUGAUGCCAACAAAGAAAAGAAUCCGGAAGAUCUCACUGUUCUCACCGCUGCCCAAGAUGGAAUCGUGCGGCUCUGGAAGCCCUUGCAGGUGGAACACUUCAGCACCUUCCAAGGUCACAGCGGCGCCAUUUGCAGUGUCGCUCACAAGGGUAGCAACCCAGACUUCCUCACUGUGUCUAAAGAUUGCUCCUUGCGAAGCUGGAUGUGGGAAACUGAGCGGACCCCUCGCCUGCGAGGUGCCGUCUCUGCUCUCUGCUUCUCUGGCUUGGACUGCCAUAUACUCCUCACUGGCUACGAGUCUGGCGUGCUGGAGGUGUGGCAGCGUGGUCGAGUGGUCGGAUGCAUGCAGGCUUCAGAUAGCAAGGUUGUGGCCAUCUGUUCCAUGCCUAACGGCCACUUUGCUGUUAGCUACGUAGGCUGUUGGGUGGAUGUCUGGAAGCUCGUGUGGAAUCAGGAGCGCAGCGCAGUAAGCAUAGUCAAGGUGACGUCGCACCAGGUGACGGAGCAAGUGACACACCUAGCGUACUGCACCAUUCUCAUCGCCGUGGCCAGCAGCGGAUCAAUUUUUGACGUCACCCGCAACAUGGACAAAAACAAUCAGUGGCAAAUGAUGGUCUACAGCUGGAACUACCAAGUGGGAGUUUUGGGACUCAUCCCAAACGACGAGAAAAGCAUGUGGCUGGUGGGCGAGUCAGACGGGAAAGUCCAAGUUGGCUUCAUUUUCGCUAUGGGCCCACGGAACAGCAUCAAUUCAUCUUUCAGCUCCAUGACCCUGGAGUCAAGAACUUCUGAGGAGGAGGAGGAGGUGGUGGAGGAGAAGGCAGAGAGUGACUUGAUAACGGCCCUGACCAUAGACAAAGAAUUUGUGGUGUGUGGCGAUCUGGCGGGGAAAAUGUGGUUCAACGAGCCCCCACAAAUCUCCACAUGGAGCAGCAGGAAGCCUGCCCACCAUGACAAGAUCAGUGUGCUAAGGCUCACCCGCAGCCUCAUCAUCUCGGCCUCCUUCGACUGCACUGUGAAGCUGUGGGAAAGAAGUACCAAGAAACAAGUGGGAAUGUUUGUGUGCAGUGGCCCCGUGGUCUUGCUGGAGGUGAACCCAGAGAACCCAUCAGAGUUUGUGUGCGGUGACACGCUGGGAAAAGUUUACUUCCUCUCCUGGAGGGAAUAGAAACACGCAUGACGCUACUUAAUCAAAGUUUACGUAGUCUUAUUCCAAGUCUAUCCAUGUGCAAUAUAUAUCAGUCAAAUAUAUGCAAUUUUAGUUAUGAAAUUGUGCUUGGUACGCUCACAUGUGCCUUUUUGUUUACUUGCAUAGCGGACCUAUAAGUUAUCUCAGCUUUUGUGUGAGCUUAAGGUCUAUUUCUUGUUUGAAAUUCACUCAAGAUGGCAUAUAUUACAAGUCUGUGUUCUGCUUACAGCUGAUCCAUGAGUACACGAUGUGUAGAAAAUUGAUACCUGAAAUAAAUUGUUUCCAAAUGCA